AUGCCUCAUAAGGUUUUCGAUAUUGAACUCGAUGAUAUUCAAUACGACUUCACCAUAUAUGACAACGACCUUGACAAAUUGACGUGCGAACAUCAAGACGACCUUGUGGAUAAUUGCCUCAUUUCAUUAGACCAGACAUUCUGUCAUUACGGUGGCACCACACUUUCGAUCACCCCAUUUAGCUCCUUCUGUCAUCGCCCACCUCUCAUCUCCAUUCGCACCUUUAGAAUCAACGUGACUCCAAGGCAUUUCCAGCGUGUUCCAUGGCAUGACAUAUUUUCAGCUCUACCUACCAUCCAGUGCCUGCACGCAAUGCUCGACGAUACGAGGUUAAUUCAGAUGAUUGAAGUGCUUGCCCCUCAUUCCCAGGUCGUCCUCGCACCCCAACUCAAGGAACUCUCCCUCAAGCUUUACGAAGAUGACGUUGACGACACGACGUGUUUGGGUAGAUGCGUCGCGGACGUCCUUGAGCAGCGUGCAUUGACAGGCAUGAUCCUUGAUAAGCUGAUAGGAUGGGGAUUCUACAUGCUCAAGCCACACCUCAUGAAAGUGAGACGCGUUGUCGAGGAUGUUCAAGGAUUCGAAGAGAACGACCAGUAG